UAAUCCGGUCGCCUGCUGGUCCUUCCUCCUUUUUACGUCCUUGAGCGAGGCCGGCGUCAAGAUGAAUGACACAGUAACGGUCAGGACCCGCAAGUUCAUGACGAACCGACUGCUUCAGAGGAAGCAAAUGGUCGUUGAUGUCCUGCAUCCUGGCAAAGCUACAGUUCCCAAAACCGAAAUCAGGGAGAAGCUCGCCAAGAUGUACAAGACCACCCCUGAUGUUGUGUUCGUCUUUGGCUUCAGGACUCAGUUUGGUGGUGGCAAGACAACAGGCUUUGCCAUGGUCUAUGAUUCCCUAGACUAUGCAAAGAAAAAUGAGCCCAAACACAGACUUGCUAGGCAUGGUCUGUAUGAGAAAAAGAAGACUUCAAGAAAACAGCGAAAGGAACGCAAGAACAGAAUGAAGAAAGUACGAGGCAUCAAGAAGGCCAGUGUUGGCGCUGCGGGUAAAAAGAAGGUAAAUGUUUAAGUAGACUAACCGCAUUGUGCAGAUAAUGCAGGAGUUAUAGAUGAUCGCUAGCUCCUGCCUUUACAGCCUAGCUUUCUUUAAAGCUUUAUUGGCUUUCCUCUUGGAUGUACAUCCCACAUCCAAUAUGAGAGGAUUUUACCCACUGGUUAUUACUUGCUUGGCCGUUAUUUCUCCUGUUACUAAUGAAUACUAUAGUCUGCUAAUGGUGGUUGUAGACCCUGUUUUGAAAACCACCUCACAUUGUGAGGAGCUCUUAGCCAUAACCGAAGGUACUUUAAAAAGAAAAGAUAAUUGGGCACUAAUCAGUGAUGUCUCCCGCUGUAGUUAUUUAUUUUUUUGUAUUUUUUUGUGAAACUCUAAUACUCCUGUACCCCUCUUUGGCACCAGUCACUGAUCUCACAUAGAACAGAUCUCUGAAUUUUAAGUCCUGGCUGAACUGUGUUUUAAUGUUGUGCAGUUCUGUCUGUGAUGAGUACAGCACAGGUGGUUACUAAAUUAUUGACAGCAGUUACAUAUUGUAUAUAGACUUGGAUCUAAAUGUUAGUCCAACCAUUUAAGACCAUUCAGAGAUCUUUUCUAUCCUAUGUUUCAAUUUUCAACAUGUUAACAUUUAUUUUGUUCCAUUUUUUUGUUCUUGAUUUUGCUUCCCACGGAUUUCUUUUGCAGAAAUGAGGUGUCAGUUUGCAGGUAUAGAAGCAGAACAAGCAUGGUGUGCCACUGUGUUGCACAACCUAAGAUCAUAGACUUGAGCCUCAUGCAUGUCAGACAGUACUUUUCUCUCCAGUACUUGAUGUUUUCUCCCUGUCCUAUAUUGUUUCAAACACCUUGGCUUGUAGGUUUUUCCACUACCCCAGCCCCUUUUUACUGCUGUCUAUGCUGUGUUGGGUAUAUGUAGUAGGCUUUACCUGCCCUAACUUAUUCUCAAACAAAAACAAGUGCUUUGACAGCAAAAGUAAAUUUACAAAAUCUAGUAAAUAGAAUCUGAGUGUAGCAUGUUGUUCUGGGUUUUGUGUGUUUUUAAUUGGAGCGUCUGAACUAAAGGACUGAAAAUGUGUGAAGUUACACUGAACGUUUUGCUAUAUAUGAUGUUACUCAGAUUGUAAUAUGUUAAAAAUACUACUACUUUAACAUUCAUCUCAGUUUGCACUCUUUAACCUUAAAAUACUCACACUGUCAGUGAUUUGUGUUGUAGUAAUUUAGUCUGCUCUGAUAGUAAUUGCUGUUAUUUCUUUGCAGUGAGCCCGGACAGCCAGGGAGGGUCUUCGUGCUCAGGAUGUUCUUGUAUAUUGUCAUCAAAUAAAGUUUG